GCAGCGUGGUGAAGGACAACCGGCUGAACGGCAGCAGAUAGCGAGGGAGCAGCACCGCGUGUCAAACGGCUCAGAGGAGAAGUCAGUCAGAGGAGAAGUCAGUCGGUGUGUUGAUAAGAAGAUUGAAGCAGCAAUGGACCAGGCAAGGUCGACGAUAUCCAAAAUUUUUAACGGGGAGCCGCACUCCUACACCCGUUUCAACUUGACCCAGAACAUGGAGGGCGAUAACAGCCACGUAGAGAUGAAGCUGUCCUCCGACAUGGAUGAGGAGGUCGGCGGAAACGGCGUGGGAGACCACCUGAAUCACAACUCUAACCGCAAACCCUACGUGGCUCAAAAGCUCGGACGCACACCGAAGAACCUCAUCUUCAUGGCCGCCGCCACCCUCCUCAUCUUUAUCAUCGGCUACUUGAUUGGCUACCUGGUUCACCGGAAGAAGGACCUGGCACCCACCUGUGCACCCUCUGUGGCCCGUUUUGAGGAACCUAUUGCUCGUGAGACUGGUGCUGCCCCCCUCAUGGACUGGGACGAUGUCAAAAAGCUCUUCUCUGAAAAACUCGCUGCCACCAACUUUGAAAGUGUUUUCAGUGAGUUUUCCAGAUCGGACCAUCAGGCAGGUUCUCCCGGUGAUGAGGUUCUCGCAAACAAGCUGAUGGACAAGUUUAAACGUUACGGCAUGAAUCCCUGGACAGAUCAGCACUAUGUUAAGGUUCAGAACGCCCCAGCUUCUGGCUUCAACAAAUUUGUUUUCAAGAACGGAACUGAGGAGCGUCCAAAGGGAUUCCUGUCCUACAGUGCCACUGGAACAGUAAAGGGGGCUGUCGUGUAUGGAUAUUAUGGGCGAGACAAUGACUUCAGCUUGUUGCGGGACAAGAACGUCAACCUGACUGGCAAGGUUAUGGUGGUCAGAGCUGGGAGGAUCAGCUAUGCUGAGAAGGUAGACAAUGCGGCCAAAAUGGGUGCGUCUGCUGUUUUGAUUUACCCAGACAGCGUGGAUUACCCUGGUAUCAGAGAUACCACUGAGCUCUAUGGACAUGUCCACCUGGGUUCAGGGGACCCCUACACCCCAGGCUUCCCCUCCUUCAACCACACCCAGUUCCCACCUGCUCAGUCCUCAGGCUUGCCAAAAAUCUUGGCUCAGACCAUCACGGCAAAAAUGGCCGAUAAUAUUUUGAGUCGGCUGGAGGGUCAGAACGUGCCGGAAGCAUGGAAAAGCUUCACCAACAACAGACUCGGAUCAGACAAUGAUGUAAUCACUUUGGAGGUCAACAAUGUUCUCACUGAGAAGAGGAUACAUAAUGUCUUUGGAGUCAUCAAAGGCUAUGUGGAUCCAGAUCGAUAUGUGGUUAUCGGCGCCCAGAGGGACGCGUGGGGUCCAGGUUUUGCUGCAUCGACCGUCGGCACCAGCAUCCUCGUUGAACUGGCACGUUCCAUCUCAGAUAUGGUGGAAUAUGGGGGAUUCAAGCCACGGAGAAGCAUUGUGUUUGCUAGCUGGAGUGCUGGAGAAUAUGGGAGUGUUGGUGCCACCGAGUGGCUGGAGGGUUAUGUUUCCUCUCUGAGCAUGAAAGCCUUCUCCUUCAUCAACCUGGACGGAGUUGUAACAGGUAAUAAAGGAUUUAAAGUGUCAGCCAGCCCCUUGAUGUACCGCCUGAUUGAGAGCGCUCUGAAGGAGGUGGACUUCCUAAACAAGGAGACUCUGUUUGCGAAGUAUGCGCAGAGUAACUGGGAAACAAAUAUGUUGGUGCCUCUGAAGUUGGACGAUGCUGCAUUUCCUUUCAAUACCUUUUCUGGCAUUCCCUCAGUCUCGUUUGGGUUAACAUCCGGUAAACCUGACUACCAGUACUCUGGGACAAUGCUGGACGACCGAGCGAAACUGAACAUCGCCACCGGCAACCAGGUCCCACAGCUGGCUGCAGUAGCCGCCCGCUUCGCAGCUCACAUUGCGUUGCGCCUGGUCCAUGACCAUCUUCUGCGGAUGGACGUGAUGAAGUACGCCAAGAUUUUAAGUAGUCACGUGGGUCAGAUCAACAUCAAGGUCAUCACUGUUAAGAGCAAGCACCCCCAGCUCUUGCCCAAGGACCUGACGAUGCAGUGGCUGAUCUCGGCCUCGAAGUCGUACGGCCGCGCAGCUCGCGGCCUGGUAGCAGAGAUCUCCAACAGUGACCUGGACGACAUCGAGGUGUGCCGUACCAUCAACGACCGCAUAAUGGUGGUGGAGAGGAACUUCCUGUCACCCUACGAGUCUCCCAGACUGAAUCCCUUCCGCCACAUCCUGCUGGGCUCCGGACCUCACACCAUCAAAGCUCUGACCGACCACCUCGACGGCCUCCACUCAAACGACGCCGAGGCAGACGCCAACCUGUUCCGCAACCAGUUCGCCCUGGCCACCUGGACCAUUCAGGGCUGUGCCAACUCACUAGCAGGCGACAUCUGGUCUUUGGAUAAUGAAAUCUAAAAAGUAAUUUCCCCUCCUCCUUCGUUUGUUAACAAUUUGGCCCUCUUAUCACGACUGACCGUGUGAAAACCAAGUCCAUAGAUUUACAGCAUUUUAAAUUAGCUUAAACUGCUAAUAUAACAGUCAUUUUCAACAUUUGAGUGAUGAGCUCAUCUCCCUUCUUUCUGAAAUUUUCCAUAAAGCCAUAACAUAAAUCAAACCAUGUACUUAAGCCUUUACGCCUUAACAAAAAAAAAAAAAAUUCAGAGGGUCAUUUUAUUUAUUUUUCUCCACUAUGGAAAGAGAAAUUCUUUAUUAAUUUCAACACGUGGCAUUUAAAUUCUGAAUUCUUUGGUGCUUGAAACAACUACCUUCAUAUGGCCAUGUUAUGUGGCGGAACUACUUAAAAUUGUUAUGAAUGAGUUGAAUAUCGUGAACUUGAGUCUUUUUCAGCACAGUAUACAUCAGGUCACAAUCACAGAACUACCUGUGCUUGACAGCCAGCUCAAAGUGACAGAAACACAAGAGCCAGUAUGAUAUUAUUAUAAGCUAAUGACUUUCCAUCUGUUUACCAUAAUUUUUACAAAUCGUAACUGCUGGUAUUUCCACUGCUGCUGGAGCCAUGUUUUCAAACCUGAGCUGGUUUGUUUCGGUAGCUAAACUUUUUAUACUGUGCUGAAAUCUGCUCCUCAACUCAUCGUCAGAGAUUCAGAAGUUGCUAAAAAAAACGAACAAAGGAUGAAUUGAUAUUAUAACACAGCAGUUGUGUUGCACAGAAACAGUUUGGACAAUCAGCUGCUGUUACUUGUCAUCAUUUUAGCACUUGUGCGGCAUUGAUCUUUUAAGACAAGUGCUAAUUUACAUGCAACAAUUUAUGAAUUACCUGAAUCAUCUGCCUCCUGUAGGCCAUUCAAAAAACAGGGGAGAAUAUCUCCAACCAUGUGGCACUGAAACAGAAACCGUACGUCUAUUUAUUGUGUUAUUUAUUUAUCAGUGGCAGGGUUCACUAUAAAUAGUUUUUUUAUUGCCUUUUAUAAAAAACAAAAAAUAGUGUAUAAUUAUCGGGAGCAGUGCCUUCCAUAAUUAUGACAGUUAUACUGUCGAAAAUGACAAAAGCAGCAUCUGCUUAACAGAAGUGUACACGUCGACCGACGGCCAGCACUGACAGAAACAAUGACAGAAAAACGCACUACUCUGAGCUCGUUUCCGUUUAACUGACACUGGAUUGGUCUCUCAGGCCAGCUCACACACCACACCUUGGAACUCGCCAGUGCUGGUCCCUUGGUACGUGUACACCUCUCGUCCAGAACAUUAUCGGGAGCAGUGUCUUCCAUAAUGUGAACAAAGAAGAAGGUAGUUUUUGCCUACCAGUGUGUGUCCGUAUCGGAGGCAGUGCCCUCCAUAUUUCACUGUAGGAGUGGAUGUUUUUAUUAUCGGGAACAGUGUUUCCCAUAAUGUGUAAAUAUACAAUACAUUGCUACUCAAUGCUCAUGUCGUCUGCAUCUUUAGAUCUCUUCUAUGAUGUUUCCACGCUAAUGCAAGGAAAGGUUUUAACAUCAGCUCUUCAGGAAUUAUCUACCCAUCUAUCUCAACUUUUAAAUUGUUCUGGGUUUCUUUAGUGAGCCGUUUGUCUCAACUUUAUGGAAGCACAUUUCUGCCAAAAGCGUUUGGGGUGGGAAAAAAAAGAAGUCUGCAAGUCAUUAUGAUGAUGAACUCUUUUAAAUUAUGACUUCUCUCAAAAUAAUGACUUCCUCGUCUUUUAAAAUUUCGCCAAAUUCCAACGUUGUCUCAAAAUACUCACUUAACUUGACUGCAUUUUUUGAGAUGCCAAGACAAGUUUCCACUAACAUAAAAAGCCAUCAAAUGUUUCCAUCUUAUUUUUUUGUAUUUUUACUGGCAGAAAUGAGCUUCUAUACAUUUUUAAUCAAACGCUGAUAAUGUGUUGUCUUUUCUUUGGGCUUCAUGAAAUGGAAUUGAUACGAAAGAUCUUUUGCUGAAAAGAAACGUGUUUGGGACCACUGGUUACAGCAGUGUGGUUCAAGUGAAAAAUAUUAACACUGCAAAAUGGGUUUUGUUUUUGAUGAUUCAGUCUCAGUGUGAUGGUACAUUCUAUCUUUUAUUUUUGAUGCAUUCAUGUAUUGUUGUUCAGAGAUUUUCCUUGUGCCUUUUUGUUUCAUGACUGCAUUGUAGAGCUGGGUUUCUAUACAGUACUUAAAGAUGUUUUGGAGAAUGUAUUUGGCUUGUUUUGUUUAGUUUUGACAUUUCUGUAUUUCUUUUUUCCCUGUUGUCUGCUAGAAUCAAACGUUACUGGUUUAAAGCGCUGUUAUGCUACAAAACCUUUAGAAGUUUACCAGAAGAAUUAAGAUUGUGAAAAAUGUUAGUACAAAAUCAAUGUAAAUGGGAUUUAAAAAUUACACUGAAUGUUACAGUAGUUAAUGUGGUCCUCCUUUAGCUAAUCUGCUAAGUCUGGUCACUUUUUGCUUGUUUGUUUAUUUCUAUGGAAACCGCCAUUUAUCAGCAGAAAAACCUGAAUUACACUGAUUAAACUGAUCUGCCCGGCUAUAUGAGACAUCUUCUGGAAGUUACGUAUUUUGCUGAAUACUAAUUGGUCAGCAAACUCUGUCUUUGGUGGUCUUACAAUUCUGACAACGUGGAUAAAGAAUGUGUCUGGAAAUUGUUAAAAUAACAAUGCUUUUUUUUUUUCUCAAACUGUAUACGAUUUUGCUUAGCUUCACUUUUUUGUUGCUGCAAUAAACGAUCACAUCACAA